AUGGCACAAGGUAGUUCUGCAACCGAGAAAGAUAUCGGCCGACGUCGAGCAGUUCCUGUCAUCUAUGUACGGGGCUCCCAUUAUGAAGUUGGUUACGAUGUGGGUCGCACCUUCGCUUCUAUCAUCCAGAAUUACCUAGAUACAUAUGAAGAAUUAAAAUCUUUCGAAAAAGAAUACAAAACAGCCUCCGGGCGCACUGCCUAUGACAUGACUCUGGCUAAUAUGAAACAAAGGUAUCCGUACUAUGUAAAAGAAAUACAAGGUGUAGCCGACGGCGCAAAUGUAUCGUUUCAUCAGCUGUUCCUGCUGCACAUGGACGAUAUCAUAGGGACAAUAAAUGAAAACAGCAUCUCACGUAACGAUACCGGCGGUUGCAGUGACAUCGGACUCUACACUGCUGAUAACAUUGUGCUGGGCCACACAGAAGAUGCGCAAAAGGAAACACUCAAUCACUUCUACAUUGUGUCAGCACAUAUUAUACCGACACCAGAAGAUAAAGAACUAGGGGCAGUUGAAGAGAGAUUCGCCUCUUUGUCUUAUGCUGGUCAGCUGCCGGGCUACACAAUGGGCUUCAAUGAGAAUGGACUGGUGUUCACUAUCAAUACUCUCAGCCCUCUUAUUUUAAAACCAGGGAAUACACCCCGGACUUUCAUAACUCGAGCCUUGUUGGCGGCAAGAGAUCCAGCUGAAGCUGAUAAAAUCCUUCUAGACGAAGGUCUCGGCAUCGGUAACGGUUUUUCCAUCAACAUGAUAUGGACGGACACCAAGGGACAACGCACUUUAAAGAACAUCGAAGUGGCACCCGACCUACAAGCUGACAAAUCGUCUUUGAAUGUUCAGAAUCAUGACAAAGAACCUCUGAUGCAUUGCAACGCAUAUUUACGCCAACAAGUGCAACAAGUAUCUGGUGAUAUAAUAGACAGCAGCGUGACUCGAAUGAAAGCCAUCAAACAGCACCCAGCGCCACAAAGUAGAGCUGACAUCGAAGAUAUACUGUCAGACACCACAUACAAAGACUAUCCAGUGUUCCAGACCAGGCUUGAUGCUCAAAUUCAAACUAUUGCUGCUGGUAUUUUUGAUAUGAAAGCGAGCACUUGGAGCAUUUACAUUGAUAAGCCAAACGCUUCAGAGCCGGUCGCUAUUUUGCCGAUGAGAUUUUCAAUGUUGAAUCAAUUUUAA